AAACAGCAUGCUGGUUCUGGUCUUUUGUUGAAAGCUGGUUAUCGUAGCGAUAAACCGGCGAUAAAUCGACAUACUAAGAUGCAUAUGAUCCGUACACGAAAACCCUGUGCGGAUUUGGAUUAUGCUUUAAUCCCCAGAAGCUGCAAGAUGGCAGAGCCUCGAAGUCAGGUCUCAACUUCCAUGUCACAGAAGUCUUUGGGAUUUUCAUCCUCUGAGGGGCCAGCAACAGAGAUGGACCCAGUGGAAUACACCCUCCGCAAGCGGCUCCCCAGGAAGCUACCAAAGAGGCGCAAUGAUGUGUACAUCAACAUGAAGACUGACUUCAAGGCCCAGCUGGCCAGGUGUCAGAAGCUGCUGGAUGGAGGUGCAGGUCACAGAGAGAUCUGCAUUCAUGGCCUAGGCCUUGCUAUCAAUCGGGCCAUUAACAUUGCUCUGCAGUUGCAGGCAUUCAGCCAGGGGGCACUUCAGAUUGCUGCCAACACCUCCACUGUAGAGCUCAUAGAUGAUCUGGAACCUGAGGAUCCAGAUGAAGCCGGGGAGCCACUAACACGCACACGUAACAACUCUGCCAUCCACAUCAAAGUGUUCUACCCCAAUGCUUAAAGACGCAUCCAACUACAAGGCUUAAAAAGUGAGACUGUUCGCAUUCCACAAUGAAAAAAAAAGCAAGAGGGAGACAAUCCAGUUGAUGGUAGUAGAUGAAACUGCAUAAUAUAAAGUGAUAUUUCUGUCACAAGAUAUUCCUUGUGUGAAUUUAGUUCACUGUCCAAUCCCACAAGUUCACUGUCAGCAGAUGGGAUGAGAUGUAAGCUGCAGGAAGAAGAACUGUGACCGCUGUCUGUGAAUCAUGUUUCCGUAAUUGUCAGAGUGUAAACAUUUUGUGCAGUUGUUUUUGAGAGAAAAAUAUUAGUUUGUGUUUAUGCAUGUCAGAUUUCCUGAAAAACAAAUUGCUGGUGUAUUUGUUUUUUGUUUUUUAAUUAAUCUUCUUUUUGAAAAUAUUUGUUGUAUAGUUGUGUAAAUAAAGGACUAUUACAUAUA